CUGCAGGCGGUGCUUGGGCUCGGGGGGCGGCCUCGAAGGACUCGCGAAGGUUCUAGAGGCGCCGCGUGCGGGAGGCGGGCCGAGAUCUCUCGCAGGGUCGGGUGUGCCUCAGGCCGCGGCCACUGUGAAAGGUGCCGGUGCUGUCUGCGCUCGGGGUGAGCGCGGUCAGUGCGGCGUUUGCUGUUCUCGCCCCUGCGCCGCUGCAGCUGGGGUCUUCCCUCACGCAGCCCGAGCAUGGCUUCAACUGUGGAGGAGCUACAGAAAGAUCUAGAAGAGGUGAAGGUGCUGCUGGAAAAAGCCACUAGAAAAAGAGUACGUGAUGCCCUGACAGCUGAAAAAUCCAGGAUUGAGACAGAAAUCAAGAAUAAGAUGCAGCAGAAAUCACAGAGGAAAGCAGAACUUCUGGAAAACGAAAAGCCAGCCGCUGUGGUUGCUCCUAUUACAACAGGAUAUACAGUGAAAAUCAGUAAUUAUGGAUGGGAUCAGUCAGAUAAGUUUGUGAAAAUCUACAUUACCUUAACUGGAGUUCAUCAAGUCCCCGCUGAGAAUGUGCAGGUGCAUUUCACAGAGAGGUCAUUUGAUCUUUUGGUAAAGAAUCUAAAUGGGAAGAGUUACUCCAUGAUUGUGAACAAUCUCUUGAAACCCAUCUCUGUGGAAGGCAGUUCAAAAAAGAUCAAGACAGAUACAGUUCUUAUCUUAUGUAGGAAGAAAGCAGAAAACACACGGUGGGACUACCUGACUCAGGUUGAAAAAGAAUGCAAAGAGAAAGAAAAGCCCUCCUACGACACUGAAACAGAUCCUAGUGAGGGAUUAAUGAAUGUUCUAAAGAAAAUUUAUGAAGAUGGAGAUGAUGAUAUGAAGCGAACCAUUAAUAAAGCCUGGGUGGAAUCAAGAGAGAAGCAAGCCAAAGGAGAUACAGAAUUCUGAGACUUUAGUCUUUUUGGGAACUGUGAUGUGGAAAUAUCGAUGUUUCCAAUGAGGACAUGUUGGUGAGCUGCACAGAUAAAUUUCACAUAUAACUAGUUACACAGUCUAAGUAAAGGCAGUGAAUUCUCCAUUUCCUGUUGGAGGAUUUAUUUAAAUAAAAUAUGCUUAUUAAACAAACACUCCCUCCAAAGAUGGUUUCCUUAGUAACCGGGUCAUUUUAUUCAAGAAAAGGGUAAUGUAUUCUAGUGUGAAAUGUAAAGAAACAAGUCUUACCUAAUGAAAAUGCCACAUUGUGUGUCUUGUUCAGCUAAGAGGUAGAAACAAAAGUUAUUGCUUGCCUUCCAGUUCUGACAUCAGCUCCCACCAAUGUAAGAAUAAAAAUAAAACGUGAAUUUUUGCAUAAAAUGCAAAUUCAUACCUGUGUUUCAAGGUUGUUACAGAGAUUGAUCUAUUCACAGCUUAAGUAAUGUAUAUACCACGAAUUAACAUGCCCUAAUAAUCUAAUCACAAAUAUUUUUCUCUAGAUUUAAAUAUAUUUAUGAAUAAAUUAGAACUAAAUCGAAACUUGAGAAUACACAUAUUUAUAUAGUACCAGUAAGUGGGUUUGCCAUGGAUCAGAUGGCUUGUAAAAACAAUAACUGUAAAGUAAAAUAUGAAAUCCAAAUAUUGUGCUGAAUAAAAACCUAUCAUGUAGCAGAUGUCCAGAUGUAUGUCAGAAAAGUCAGGCUUUUAGGGGAAUUGUUUAUUUCAGAGGGUAUUACUCCCCCUAAAAUCAGAAGUAAGAGCAAGAAAGAUGCCUGUGAUUUCCAUAACUAUGUUGUAUUGGAGCUGUUUGCCACUGCAAUUAGAAAAGAGAAAGCAAAUUAAAUGUGUAGAGAAGAAAUCCAAAACUACUACACUUAAUAAGAGAAUUUGGUAAAAGUACUAGGGUAAAGUUUGGUGGGGUUUAAAAUUAACAUAAAAAAACAGCCAAUAUGUAGGAUAACUAUUACUAAAUAUUGAACACAUUGUAAAACCUCUGUAAUUAAAGCUGUGAUGUUGGCACGUGAAUAAACAGACCAAUGGAACAGAAUAAAAAAUACCCAAGGUGUAUGGAAGGUUUAGAAUACAGUAAAUAGCAUUUCAUAACUAUGGGGAGGAGAUGGGCUCUUAUUGAGAUAACUAAAAAUAGCCAUAUGGGUACAUUCCAAACAGAUCAGAAAAUCUAAAUGUAAAAGUGAAGCCACAUGAGUACUGAAAGACUCCAUGUAACCUCAGUGAGGGAAAACUAUACUAUGUGACUUACUUAAAAUCUAGCUGUAACAAAGCUAAAUAUUGAUAAUUUUAACUAUGUAAUGUUUACAUGGCAAAACCCCCCAAUUACCAAAAACAUGACACAUUGAGAAAAUUCCAAAAUUAUUAACAAACACUUCAUUAGUAAAAGGAAUGUAAGUGACUUUUUUUUGGUUUGUUUAUAA